AUGACAGUCGAAGGUCCAGUUCAAGCCACCAAUGGCCAAAGCCACGCUCACGUUAACCCCAAGGCCGAAGCUCGAUUCAAACCUGCAUGCAAAGUUUUGAAUGCUCUCGCCGGAAAGAAAGCUGAUCCUCAAAAGAAAUCUCUGCUGGAUGCCGUGACAAAGAGAGUUGACCUUUCCCCUGUGUUGGGUACUGAGCUCCACGGUAUCCAAUUGUCCCAGCUCACAGAGCAGCAGAAAGAAGACCUGGCCCUCCUUGUUAGCGAGCGCGGGGUUGUCUUUUUCCGUGACCAGGACAUCGACCUCGACCAGCAGCAGGAGUUGGGGAAAAGCUGGGGGCCGCUUCAUGUCCACCCUAUCGGUCGAAAAGACGAAGCGAAGGAGGAUGCCCAAAUUUUCCAGACUAAUGAAGCUUCAAAGAUCCACGCCGGCGAUGGAUGGCACACGGAUAUUUCUUUCGAAGAAGUUCCCUCCGCCUAUGCGAUUCUCAAGCUCUUGGAAGUUCCUCCCGUUGGCGGUGACACUAUUUGGGUUUCCACAUAUGCCGCUUACGACAAACUGUCACCUUCCUUCCGGGAUACCAUUGAGCAUCUCACGGCUCUACACAAUGCAGAGGUUCGUCCUUGUGUAGCACCAUAUUCCACACUUCAAUAUCUCUUCUACCUUUCCCGAUCCCCCUCUGACAUUUUAAAUUUGCUAGUUCGCACUCAUCCCACCACAGGUUGGAAAAUUCUGUUUGUGAACUCUGGAUUCACGAAGCAUAUCAAGGGAUACACAAAGGCCGAGUCAGAUGCAUUGUUGCAUUUCCUCACCAACCAUAUCGCAACUAGUGAUGAUAUCAAAGUCCGUUUCCGCUGGGAGAAAAACUCUGUAGCUAUCUGGGACAAUCGUGCCACGCAGCAUCUGGCUCUUUGGGACUAUUACCCAAACACCCGCCACGCACAACGUGUCGUCGUACUCGGAGAACGUCCCUACUAUGACCCUAAAUCGAAGAGUCAGCUCGAAGCUGGGGGUGCCUUAUACCAGGCUCCUCCACAAUGGACCAGGGACAUUGACGGUGGCAAAUUGGGAUACAAGUGGUAG